CAGCAACAAGCUAUUCGCCUCAGGUUGCGUUCUUCCUUCGUAGGCCAAUAUAUUUCCUCGCGCAGUAACGAAAGUGUGUUUCAUUCAAGUCGAAAUGGAGCAGACCUCAGCAGACAAUCUCAACAGCUCUAGUGUUAUAUUACAACGCAGAAGACAAUAUAAUGAGCUGCUGGAUCAAGGGCAUGAUCUCGCGCUCCGAACGCAAACGGAAGAUGCGAUCAGUAUAUUUCAAGGCGUUUCAUCGAUCCUGAGACAAACAGACAGCCUUCAUCAGGACUUAACUAACCAGCGGUUGGAAAAUGCGUCGGAAAUGCGUAUCAAUGUACAAAUUGUGAAAAUGGGUCACGAUUUAGUAGGAGCAGCAUUGCAGAAAAGUGAAAGCUCACAGUUUUGUGACGAAGAACUAGCAGCGGCAAUAAACUCUAUUACUGGCGAUUCCGGUAGUCAUUUGCAGUGGGAAACUGUAGGAAGUCAUGGUAUUAAGGCUUUCCGUAUGUCGAAACACUCGCCCUGCAUGCUGGGACGUUUUGAAUUUCAAUCCGUACCGGUAGAAAGGAACGUGAAGGAGCGUCGUCGCCGCCAACGCCUGGAUUUGGGCGAUGCACGCAAACCGGAAACAGUUAAAACACUACACCAAGAGGAGGCAGAUGCCCGUAAGCUUCAAGGGAUAAUGGAGCAGCUAAAACAGAUAUACGAGAAAAGAGGUUCACCCGUACCUUACCUUCAGCUCAUUACGGAUCCAAGUGAUUACAUGAAUACCAUCGACACAGCGUUUCAGUUGUCCUUUCUUAUUCGCGACGGGGCUGUGGCUUUGGAAAACGUUAACGAUGUGUUAAGCGUACGUCCCACUACCGACAACGAAAAGAAGCAGAACAAGAGAAAUGAAGACAAUGUGCAGGCAGUAUUAUCCUUGAACAUUUCCAAAUGGAAGGGUGCUGUACAACAAUAUCGUUUGAAAAGUCCGAUCCUAACUAUCGAUCGAGAAAUACCAGACGGAUCUUAGGCAUUUAAAUAGUAUCGUUACCAAUUAUCAAUUUAGUUUAUAUUCUGUAAUACACAAUUGGAAUUAUUUUCAAGCGCCUUUUUUUCUCAAAGGAACAUUUCAAACUGUUCCAACAACACCGAACAGUAAAUAUAUACAAUAUUUAUAGCGCAAUCAACAAUAUUGCAGAAAUGUGAUAAUGAAUAUUGUUACAUGGAUAAUCAGAGAUAGAAAAUGAAAAGAAAAAAAAGCUACGUAAAAU